AUGACAGAUCUGCACAGUCAAACCCCACCGAUUAUGCACCGUGAUGUUAACCUCGAGAACAUCUUUAUUAAUGGGAAUACAGGCGAGGUUAAGCUAGGAGAGUUUGGUGCCGCGAGAAGGCUUGAAGAGGGUGCUGAUUUACAGGACUAUCCUGAUGCACCAGAGUACAUGGCACCAGAGGUUUUUCUGUUGGACUAUGAUCAGCGGGCUGACAUGUAUUCUUUCGGGAUGUGCGUGGUUCAGAUGAUGAGUAAAGAAAAGAUUUACAGCGAAUGCAAGAAUCGCGAUGAGAUUCAGUCGCGUGUUCAGAGGGGUGUAAGGCCUGCUGCGUUUGAAAAAGUGACAGAUCCUGAGAUUAGGGAGUUCAUUGAUGUCUGUCUGGCACUUCCACAUGACAGAUCUGCAGCAUCUGAUCUUUUGAGAGACCCGUUGAUUCACUCGGAGGCUAAUUUUGAAGGCAUACGAACAGGGUUGAGCAGUGCAGGUAUAGCUGAUGCAGAUGAGAGGCUGCGCGGAAUGAUGCAGGGAGGAGGAAGAGGAAGAAGCAAGCCUGUUUGGCGUCAGAAGCUGUCAAAAAUGUCGUAA